AUGGCGCAACCUCCGAGCGGUCAGCGAACGCAGGUCCAGCCUUGUCGUUACAAGACGGGGAAGACAUUAGGAGCUGGCUCCUACUCGGUCGUGAAGGAGUGCGUCCAUAUCGACACCGGUCGCUACUAUGCUGCCAAGGUCAUCAACAAGCGCCUCAUGGCGGGGCGUGAGCACAUGGUCCGCAAUGAGAUCGCGGUGCUGAAGAAAGUGUCUAUGGGCCAUCAGAAUAUUCUGACGCUGGUGGACUAUUUCGAGACCAUGAACAAUCUAUAUCUCGUGACAGACCUGGCUCUUGGCGGGGAACUUUUUGAUCGCAUUUGUCGCAAAGGAAGCUACUACGAGUCUGAUGCUGCCGACCUCAUUCGUGCUGUUCUGUCGGCCGUCGCAUAUCUGCAUGAUCACGGUAUUGUGCAUCGUGAUUUGAAGCCCGAGAACUUACUUUUCCGGACCCCCGAAGAUAAUGCCGAUCUUUUGAUUGCCGAUUUUGGAUUAUCUAGAAUCAUGGAUGAAGAACAAUUCCAUGUUUUGACAACAACAUGUGGCACACCCGGUUACAUGGCUCCGGAAAUCUUUAAGAAGAGUGGCCACGGAAAGCCAGUUGACAUUUGGGCCAUUGGUGUAAUCACCUACUUCCUCCUCUGCGGUUACACACCCUUUGAUCGAGAUUCGAACCUCGAGGAGAUGCAAGCCAUCUUGGCCGCAGACUAUUCCUUCACGCCCCUUGAGUACUGGCGUGGUGUCUCGGCAGAAGCCCGCAACUUCAUCAAUCGCUGCUUGACGAUUGAGCCGGCCAGUCGUAUGACCGCCCAUGAAGCACUGCAGCACCCCUGGAUCAGCCCGCCCCCCGACACUUUGAGAAAGGGCUCUGGCGAGGAUCUUCUGCCUACUGUCAAGAAGAACUUCAACGCACGCCGCACUCUGCACCGGGCCAUCGACACCGUGCGUGCUAUCAACAAGCUGCGCGAGGGUGGCGGCUUCAUGAUGGACGGCGUAAUGAGUAUUGACCCCAAGCCUGAGCGUGUUAAUGGAAAUGAGGUUGUCGAGGAACAGCGUCAGGAAACCCCCACUGCCAAUGAUGGCAGUAGUCCUAUGCAGAUCGACAGCCGGGGGAAUGCGCGUGGCCAGACGGAGGAGCAAAUUCGUGAGCAGGAGCGUCGAGUUAAGGAGAUGGUGGCCGGGCUAUGGAGUCGAGGUCAUGGCAAAUAA